UGGAGCUGUCCUUGAUUCUUGCGGAGGUGGUAGUGGCACAGCUCGGCCACGUCCCUUGGCAGCGCCGCCGGCCCGCCGUGUGGAUGCGAGCGGGAGUUACCGGCGACGAGCGGACGGAGGAGAGAUCGAUUGAUUGAUCGGUCGAUCGGUCGGCCGAUGGACAAGGUGAAGGCGUGGGCGGCCGCCAACUACGCGGAGCCCAUGGGGUCGGUGCAGCAGUCGCUGCGCGUCGCCUACGUGGUCCUCUCCUUCUGCGCCGCCUUCUUCCUCGGCGGCAUCAAAGCGGCGGUGGUCGGCCCGGUGGCGGCGGCGCUGAUGGUGCUGGGCAACAUCGGUGUGAUACUCUUCCUCUUCCCGGCGCACGUCUGGUGGACCAUUUACUCGCUCGUCAAGACCGAACGCAUCAACGCCGGCCUGAAAGUAGCAGUGCUCAUCGCGCUGCCGGUGCUGUUCGGCCUCUGGCUGGGGCUGGGCAUCUUCGGCAGCGCGCUGGUCGCUCUCGGCUAUGGCUUCUUCACGCCAUGGAUCUCCACCUUCGAGGCGUUCAGGCAGGAGAGCGAGGCCAAGAAGUUCGUGCACGGCGUUGUGCAGGACGGGACGUGGGGGACGAUUAAAGGCAGCUGCACGGUGGUUAGGGACUUCGCGGAUCUAUGCUUCCACUCAUACCCUGCUUACCUGAUGGAGCUGCGCGAAUCCUCUCAGAACUGCGAGCCCCAUUCCAUCAGGCUGCUGGACGUGCCCAUAUGUAUAGCUGUUGGUCUCUUGGGAUUAAUCGUCGACAUCCCGCUGUACACCGUGAUUGCGUUGAUAAAGAGCCCCUACAUGCUCUUCAAGGGUUGGCAGAGGCUGCUCCACGACCUCAUAAGCCGUGAAGGCCCGUUCCUCGAAACAGUCUGCGUGCCAAUCGCUGGCCUGGCCAUCCUUUUCUGGCCCCUGGUGGUUGUUGGGAGUGUCCUCUUAGCUAUUGUGUCGAGCAUUUUUGUGGGUCUCUACGGAGCAGUCGUUGUCUACCAGGAGAGGUCGUUCCGAAGGGGAGUCACUUAUGUGGUUGCCAUGGUCGCGGAAUUUGACGAGUACACCAAUGACUGGCUUUAUCUCCGUGAAGGGACAGUUCUUCCAAAGCCUUCCUAUCGGAAGAGAAAAUCCUCCAGUUCCACAGAGUUUUCGGUCAGAACAAACGCAUCUGUUAAGGGAGGCGACCACCCUAGCUCCAGUGAAGCUCCAGCGAUGCUGGUUCCAACUUUGGCCCCAUCAAGGUCAGUUAGAGAAGCCAUACAAGAAGUCAAAAUGGUCCAGAUAUGGGAAAAUAUGAUGAAGAAUUGUGAAAUGAGGGGCAGGGAUCUUUUGAAUUUAAAUGUCAUAACAACAGUUGAUCUUACUGAGUGGUUAAGAUCAAAGGAAAGUGGCCAAGAAGCAAUAGGACUGGGGGUACCUUCUUAUUCUCUGCUGUGUAUCAUCCUCCAAUCGAUCAAGGCUAGUUCUGGAGGGCUAUUGGUCGGCAAUGGCAUCGAGAUCAAUCAAUACAACCGUCCCCAAGAUCGGUUGGUAGACUGGUUCUUGCACCCUGUGCUAGUGCUAAAAGAUCAAAUACAAGCGCUGAAAAUGACGGAGGAAGAAGUGAGGUUCUUGGAGAAGCUGACUCUUUUCAUUGGUAAUUCGGAGAGAGCAAACGGGUGGGAUAAUGGCGCUGAAAUCCCCCAAGAUCCUGUAAGGGCAGCACAGAUUCAGGCCAUCAGUAGAAGGUUGGUUGGAAUUGUGAGGAGCAUGUCGAAGUUUCCUACGUACAGGAGGAGACACAGGCACGUCAUGAAACUGCUCGUCACUUACUCCGUUGAGAAGGAAGGGUCGUUCAGAUCAUCCGCUUCAAAUCGAUCAGCACCUAUCUUCGAAAUAACGCAACUCGAAGUGUGACUGAAACCAUAUUCAGAAACCAGAACCGGAUAGAUCCUUUCUUCAAAUGGUUCUUUGUUCAGUAAAUAUUGCAUACCGUUUUGUCAGUGAUUGUUUUUGUUUCUCAAGUUUAGGAGGUUUUGUAUAGCUUUUUACCAGUAGAGACCCCCCCCCCAAAAAAAAAAUCAAAAAAAAAACAUCUCGCUGUGAGAUUCAUUUGCCAAAAACUUCAGGCAUGAGUCAUCAUCAAUUGUACUGUAAAUUCUGUACAUACUCAUUGAUCAGAUCAGAUGCACAUGUGUGUUUGGUUCUUUAUUCUCGUGCAAUC